UGACAGCAGCACUUUUGUAAAACGUGAGCAGUGCAAGGACAAUUCUCAUACUUCACAUCCGAUAUUCGCAUCUAUGGGCAGUUACGCUAACUUUGGUUUUAAAAUAGACACACCGACUUUUUAACAUUUUAAAUUAGUUCGCCAGAUAAUUUUUCAUUAGGUUGCAACCAAGGUCAAACCUAGUGAGUUCAGAUAGCCAAGCACGCCUGGUUCCGACGCUGAAUUGAGAGGUACUGAGGUAUUUGAAGGAUGGCUGGAUUAAUCAAUUUUGAAGACGAGAAAGAGGUGAAGCAGUUUUUGGAUAACCUCGGGGUGGAGUACAGUUAUCAAUGUCACAAAGAGAAAGAUCCGGAAGGAUGCCAGAGGCUUGCGGAUUACUUGGAAGGGGUAAAACGAAAUUUUGAGGCGACAGCUCAGGUUCUGAAACACAACUGUGAGGUGAACGGCCACGGCGAGAGUUGCUACAAACUUGGAGCGUACCAUAUCACCGGAAAGGGUGGCGUAACUGAGUGUCUGAAGAAGGCCUACUCCUGCUUUAUGAAAUCCUGUGAAUCGGGGGGUAAGAAAUCGGUGGAUGCUUGUCAUAACGUGGGCCUCCUUGCACAUGACGGACGGGCAAUGGAUGGGGGCCCUGACGUCGGUGUGGCCCAGAAGUACUAUGACAAGGCGUGUGCAGGGGGGUUUGCUCCCAGCUGUUUUAAUCUGAGUGCACUGUACAUCAAGGGUGCUCCUGGACUCGACAAAGACAUGGCGCUUGCUUUAAAGUUCGCGCUGGAGGCCUGCCAGCUCGGACAUGUGUGGGGCUGCGCAAAUGCCAGUCGAAUGUAUAAACUUGGUGAGGGGACUGCACGGGACGACAAGAAAGCAGAAGAACUGAAGAACCGUGCCAGACAAUUGCACAGUCAACAGAAGGAGCGCCAGUUGUCAUUUGGGGAAUGAGGAAAGGGACCCAGUUUAUCCAGACCUAGUAUCACAUCCUGUGAUACAAUCAUUAGAAUGGCUCAACAUUUGAGUUGUGCACCAAGGAGCUUUUAUAUCAGUUCCGCUGUGCUUGAUUCUACAGUUCUUUCUCAAAACCCAUUGCGUAUGUUUACCAUUAAAAGUUAGUAAAUACUGGUGGUGUGCAUUUUGUCAAUGAGAGUGGAAGAAGCUCAGAUCUUCUACACAAAUAAACAUCAGUGGUAUUCCUGUGAUUAACACUGACAUUCUCCACUUCUGCAUGUUGUUCUGGAUAAGAAUGUCUGCUAAGUGAUUGUAAUGUAAUGUAAUUUGGCUUAAGCACGUAUUGGACUAUUUAUUUUUAGUGUGUUAUGUACUCUGAAUCUAUAGAAUAUGAGCAAGCAGAAAUAGCUUUGAAAAUAGUGAGACCCUAAAGUACAAUCAUAUGUAUUGUAGAGCAUCACACAUGUAAUUGUAAAUAUAAAACCUUCACUGGAUUUUUCAAAAAGCGAAUUUGGUAGAAGCUGUAAUUGUAAACACAGAAAAGUGUCAUAUUUGUGACUAGGCAGAAUACCAUACCUGCCACAGCAAUACACACAAUUACAAGAUAGUU